GGCGGCGCGUGAGUAGCACUGCGCACGCGCAGAGAGCGGCGUGACACUCGUGUAGUGGAGUCUGUCCCGGCUCGGUCUGUCAGCGGAUCAUGUCGUGGCUGUUCGGGCUUAAUAAAGGCCAGAGCGGCGGCCCACCGGAGCUCCCGCCGCCGCCCGCUCCCCCCGCUCCUCCCGGCGGCUCUGGAGCGGCGGACAAACCCAAGGACAAAUGGAGCAACUUCGACCCGACUGGGCUGGAGCGCGCGGCGCAGGCGGCCAGAGAGCUGGACCAGUCCCGUCAUGCCAAGGAGGCUCUGGAUCUGGCGCGGAUGCAGGAGCAGACGGUUCAGAUGGAGCACCAGGGCAAGAUCAAGGAGUACGAGGCAGCAGUGGAGCAGCUGAAGGGUGAGCAGAUCCGCAUUCAGGCUGACGAGCGCAGGAAAACCCUGAACGAGGAGACCCGACAGCACCAGGCCAGGGCGCAGUAUCAGGAUAAACUGGCGCGGCAGCGGUACGACGACCAGCUCCGACAGCAGACACUGCUGAACGAGGAGAACCUGCGCAAACAGGAGGAGUCCGUGCAGAAGCAGGAGGCCAUGAGGAGAGCCACCAUUGAGCACGAGAUGGACCUGCGGCACAAGAACGAGAUGCUGCGCGUGGAGGCGGAGUCUAAAGCUCGCGCGCGUGUGGAGAGAGAGAACGCUGACAUCAUCAGAGAGCAGAUCCGGCUGAAGGCGGCUGAGCACAGACAGACCGUGCUGGAGUCUAUACGGGUGGAUUUGUGUGUGUGUGUGUGUUGUGUGUGUGUGUUCAGGUUCAUGCUGGUGUUGGCCAGUAAUCAGCCGGAGCAGUUCGACUGGGCUAUAAACGACCGAAUCGACGAGAUCGUGAACUUCAUGCUGCCGGGCCCCGAGGAGCGCGAGAGACUGGUGCGGCUCUACUUCGACAGAUACGUGCUGGAGCCGGCCACCGGGGGACGCCAGAGGCUGAAGCUGGCUCAGUUUGAUUAUGGACAGAAGUGUUCAGAGAUCGCCAAGCGUGUGGAAGGAAUGUCUGGACGAGAAAUCUCGAAACUCGGAGUCGCCUGGCAGGCGGCGGCGUACUCCUCGGAGGACGGGGUCCUGAGCGAGGCUAUGAUUGAUGCGCGAGUAGACGCCGCGGUCCGCCAGCACCGGCAGAAGAUGGACUGGCUGCACGGAGAGGGAGUUCUGGAUAACGAGGGUCGGCCGGUGGCUGCAGAAACACAGACCAAAGCAGCCAACAUGGGCUUCACACCGCCGCUCAAGGCACAGGAAGAGCUUAGGCCUCUACAGGAAGUGCCAGAGGACAGCCAGAACAAACAUGAUGGGACUCCCGUUUAACAUUGGCCUAGAGUCUGUUUAAUGUAUUAGUAGAAGGAAACUUAUUAAACGUGCUGUAUCGUCUGUGCUUGUGUCGGUGGCUCGUGUUUACGACAGCUAACGCUAAUUCACUGUUAAUAAUCACCAAGACUAGAAACUCUAAUGGAAUCAGAUGGAAACUGUUUUUAUGUCUGACAGUAAAGCCUCUUUCAUUUUUA